AUGGCUUAAUAAACUCCAAAACAUAAUAAUUCUAACAAGAUUAAUUCCAAUUUACAAUUAUCUUCUAAUUAAAAACAAUUUGUAAAUGCAUCGUAAACCAUCGAUAAUGAUGUGAUUUCUAGUAAAAAGAAGGAAGUUUAUGACAGAUUGAUGAGUUCUUAAACAAAUAGAGACAAUCAAACAGAAGUAUCCUAAUACUUUGAUCAUUUAGGAGGCAAAUGUCUAUGUGCAUUAUGUAACUGUGGCAAACACAAAUGUAAUGGCAAAAAUUGCUUACACAAACCCUAAUUACAUGGAAAUUACACUAUUUAUUAAAAGGAAUAUCAGAAGAAGACUCCAGAAACUGGGUCUCGAUAUAAUCAGAAUAUAUUCACCCAACCUAAGGCAGAAGGAGAUCUAGGGAAUGUGACAACAUAUAAACAUGAUUUUCCAGGAUAUGAGAGCAAAGCUGAACUACACAAGAAUUCAUAGAAACCUACAGUAAGUGGAGUCCCUUUUUCUGGAUUGUCAACCUACAACAAUAUGUACUUGAAUUGGGGAAUGGGUGAUACACCUCAACUACUACCUUAAAAUAAUCCUACUAUUAUAAAGGAAAUGCCUUUUAUGGGAAGGAGCAUCUACAAAGACAGUUAUUAAGGAGUGUAAGCUCCUCCAGCAUAGAGUUGUAAAAACAUGAACAAAGCCAUGAAAUCCCCAUUAUCUCCCCCAGAUUUGCAAUUUUCUGCUGAAUCUAUAGCUAAAUCUUCGUAUAAACCCUUUAGAACCGAUAGAGUACCCACAGCUAAGAGCUAAUAAAAUGCAAACUUAAAUCCUUCUUAUAAUGGCUAAUACAAUAGUGAAUAUCGUAAAGAAUUUGAUCCAAAAAAUUUGAAUCAAUGUCCAGCAAAGGAAGUUUUGGAGGAAGUUGCUCGUAAUACAUAAUUUUGAAGAUUAAAAUGAUUAUGAUUAAAGAUAAAAAAUAAAACUAAAAUUUUGACA